UCUCAACAUGGCGUCGCAGCGCAUCGACGGAGUGAACAGGAUGGAAAACGCCAGCGCAACUUCAUCCCAUCCCGGUUUUAGCAGUGAUAAAUAUUCUUUACUGGUCGUGGUCGGGGAGCACACCGCUGACGGCUCUGUGGAGUACCUAGUUUCGGAGAUUGAACGAGGUAUUCGCUCCUGGGAUGUGGACCUGUCCUCCUGUAAUUUGGACGAGCAGCUCAAACUCUUCGUCUCCAGACACUCCGCUUUUUUUUCUGAGGAGCUCAAAGGUCAGAGGACACUGCAGCACAAUGGAGAUGUUCUGGAGACCCAGGUGGUUGUGAACCCGUCCCACAGUUUAGUGUGUUCAGAGGUACGUCGUCUUAUUACUGAUGUGUCCCAACACAAGCUGCUGAUUUUGGCUGGACAGUGUGUAGAAGACUCUGGUGAUCUUGUAUUACAAACUGGGUGCUUUUCACUCAAUGACUUCAUACAGAUAUUUGCUCAUGAAGAGAUUGGUGAAAUGUUAAGUUCGGCAGACCCUACACAAAAAGCAAGCCUCACACUCAGUUGCCCCAUAUCUGGAUCAUGGAAGAGCUCUAUGUUGGAAAAGCACAAUUUGCAAGACUUUAUUGAAAUCAAGACCAACCCAGCACCAGUGCUGCCCGAGAUGGAAGGUCUGCAGGAGUUUACAGAGUAUCUUUCUGAGUCUCUUGAACCUCGUUUGGCUUUUGAGCUCCUUGAGCCUCCUAGCACAGUUGGAUUUCUAAAACUGUCCCGUCCCUGCUGCUAUGUGUUUCCUGGUGGUAGAGGAGACUCUGCCUUCUUUGCAGUGAAUGGUUUUAACAUCUUGGUCAAUGGUGGCUCUAAUCUGCGCUCUUGUUUUUGGAAACUGGUGAGACAUUUAGACAGAGUGGACUCCAUUUUGAUGACACACAUUGGUGCAGAUAACUUGCCAGGUAUGAACAGCUUCCUUCAGAGAAAGACGGCAGAGCAAGAAGAAGAGGAUUCAGCUGGCUCCCAGAGUAAUGAAGAAUGGCAAAGGAACUUAAUCUCUCCUGAAAUCGGGGUUGUGUUCCUCAAUGCUCCUGAAAGACUUAAGACACUCCAAGUUGACCCUAAAGUCUUGCGUGGCUGUGAUCAGGUUUCACUUACACUACAGCAUCUAGACAGGUUAUCUAUCUCUCCAGAAUCCCUCAGUCGCCCUAACAGCCCAAAUAUUGAACCACUGAUUCUUUUUCAGAAGAUGGGAGUUGGCCGUUUGGAACUGUAUGUUCUUAAUCCAGUGAAAGGUAGUAAAGAACUAGAAGCUUUUAUGCAAAAAUGGCCUAGUGGUGCCUCCAGUGGAAAAGGUUCAGAGAUUCCUUUACCCUGCCUGGUUUCAAUAUGUGCAUUGUUGGUUUGGCAUCCUGCUAGCCCUCAGGAAAAAAUUGUUCGCGCUCUCUUCCCUGGUUGUACGCCACAGGCAAAGAUAUUUGAUGGGUUAGAGCGGUUGAAACAUCUAAACUUUCUUAAGUACCCAGUGGUAAGUUUAAAGGAUCUAGAAUCAUCUAAACCUGAUAAACAACCAAAGCGUACAGAGAGCAAAGAGAGCCUUAAAUCUCUCACCAAAGACCCAAGACCCGGGAGUGCCUCGCUCAUCAAAGACAAAGUAAGCAGAGCUGACACAAAUAAACAAGACACUAAACUUAAAGCCAAAUCUAUAAGUGAAACUGGCCAAAAAGAAAGUAAAGAAGUGGAUGAAAAAACUAAGCCAAAAGAUGACAUGAAACAGAAAAUCUUUAAGCCUGAAAAGCAGUUGGUUAAAAAGGAACCAUUAAAAGAGGAGAAAAAAGAAGUGAAGAAGAAAGAGGAGCGACCCUCGACAAGUAUUUCUAAAAAAGAUGAAAAUGUGGAAAAAAAGAAGGAACCUGUGAAAAAAGACUUGGGAUCCAAACCUAAAAAAGAUGUUAAACCUGAAAUAAAGAAGGAGAUUAAAAAGGAGGUUAAACCAGAGGAAAAGAAAAUGACAACUAAACCAAUUGUUAAGGAUGCAAAGAAAGCAUCUGGAAGUAUAUCAUCUGAUGUGAUACACGGUGUGAGAAAGUCAUCAGGCAAGAAUGGGACAUUAAAGAAAGACUUGACAAUCACUAAAAAGGAUAGUUUAUCUAAAGGGAUGAAGUCAAAAUCGGAGAGCAAUGAAGAGCACAAUCUAAAACCAAACACUGAUCCAAAGUUGGCAGUGGAAAUUGCUGCAGACUUUGAGAAGUUACAAUUAGAAAAUAAAAUUUUGGAUGAAGAGGGGAAUUGUUUAGAUUCUACCGCUGGAGGCACUGAGCAAGCUGAAAACAAUCAGCUUCAGUUGAACAGAGCACAAGGUGAAACAGAUUUGGCAGAAACUCCAGAGAAAUUUCGGUCUACAGAGACACCCUCUGCCUCAAUUUCUGCCCUGGGAUCUCCUUCACCACUUGUAAAGACACCAAAAAGUGAGAAGAGUGUCAAUUUUGAUCUCACACCAGUGGAGCACAGAUUAAUUGAUGAAGUCCUUGAAACGGUCUCUCCAGCAAACUGUCAGUCUUCGGAAAAUAAUCAUCAGGGCACUGGUCUUGAAGAUAUUCAUGAGGCGGUUAGCUCAAAAAGUCAUCCGACUGUAAAUUCUACAUCUUUUAAGGACAUACUCCCAGAUGCCUCAUCCGGAGUCACGUCCCUACCUGCUGAGGAAGGUUCUCCACACUCAACUGAAGUUGAUCAUUCUCUAUCAGUUUCUAUCGAGCAAGUAAUCCCCUCUGUUGGUCAGACUGAGGACGGCUUAUACACCAAUGGACAUUUGGAAGAAAGUGAUUUGAAAGUACAUAUGUCUUUGCCUUUAAGAACAUUUCAUAAUAGUGAACAAAACUGUGAUGGGUCUGAGAAACAUCUCUCUGGCCCACAAGGUCUUUUCCCAGAUAUCCCGCCUCAUGAUGUCGACCUUUGUUUGGUGUCACCUUGUGAAUUUGAGCACCACAAAUCUUCAGACAACCAAACAGGUUUACCGAGCUCAGGUGAUCACAAGUUCUCGCCUGAGAGUGAUCAGUCUCAAGAGCCUACUAAUUCACUUUCGCAGUGCAAAAUUAACAGUGGUUGUUGUUCUCCACAAGGCCAAGAGACAACACCAACCUCACUCAGUGACUCCCUUCCUACAGUUUCAGACUCCGAUGUCCCUCCAGCUACCGGAGAGUGUCCUUCAAUUAGUGAAGACUUGGAUUCUGAUGAUGAGUCAGCUGACCUUUUCCCACCCCAUCAUCCACAUGAUCAUCCCAGCAGUCACUUGUUUCACAUGGAUGCAUCACAUUCCUCUCCAGAUCCCCCUCCAGCACCAAUGAAGGACUUGCCCCCCCUCCCACCUCAGCCUGGUGCCUGCAUGGUUGACCCUGAAGCUGAUUCCCAAGGAAAGUCUUCGAAGAAUGUAGCUCCGAAGGUCAAAAAAUCCACAGGUUCUGGCACACAAAAGCUAGUUACUGUGAAUACUUCAGCACAAAGCAGCAAGACAAAGCCUGGUUCUCAGGCAACAAGUGGUACACUUAGGUCAUCAUCAAGCUUGGAUACAAAGUCUGUGUCACGGAGUACCAUUGGCAAUGCAAGACCAUUAUCAGGAAGUGCAAAACCACCAUCAGGUUCAGUGGGUAACAAGUCAAGUGCUACAUCGCUUUAUCUGGACCUAGCAUACCUACCCUCUGGUUUUGCGGCAUCUACAGUUGAUGUGGAGUUUUUCCGCCAUGUGCGCUCUUCCUGCUACAUAAUAAGUGGGGAAGAAUCAUACAAGGACUCUGUCAUGAGGCCCAUACUUGAAUCUCUGUUGGAAGGCAAGGCAGCCUGGCCACACAUACAGGUCACUCUGAUCCCCACUUUUGAUUCACUGACGAUGCAUGACUGGUACCAAGAGACACAUGAACGACAAAAAGAGCUAGCAAUAACAGUGCUGGGAAGCAACAGCACAGUGGCCAUGCAGGAUGAAACAUUCCCUGCUUGCAAAGUGGAGUUUUGAAUAGGAAGUGGAAAAGAAAUAUUACUAAGAAAUCACUUGUGUUUUAUUCACCUGAGCACUUGGGCUAAUUUGGCUGUAACUUCCUUCGAAAGUCUUGUCCAAAGCUUAGUAGCAUUUACAUUACUUCUUCAGAUAUGGGAUAAUAGCAUAAGCCCAGAGAUUGAGCCUAAAAAAUAAAACGAAACUAUGACUCUCUAUUAUGGAAGGUUUACAGAAUUAAUGAUAAUAUGUUAUGGAUAUUGUGUGAACAAAAUAAGUAAACAGUUUUUGGUGUUUUUUUUUUUGUUUUUUUUUGUAAUUGUGAAAUAUUGAUCGUUUUAACAGUCUCAAGCUGUAUAGACUUUAUAGAUAGAUCAUGACAAGAUCAUGUUUCUUAUUUUGCUCAUUACUACACUCUGUUUUGCAUGGUUGCACAGUUUGGAUUUUUAGCACAAAUGGGGAAACACAAAACACUGUGGACAUUCUGAUGGACAGGAGGAGGAUCGAUGGUCAUUGUGCCGGUCCCACAGGGGUAUUUUUAUUAUCUCUAAAUGGCAAAUGUUUUGCUUUAUCUAUUUGUUAUAAUCAAGCAUGUAAUUUUCUCAUGUUUUACCCACUCCCUGAACCACAAUGGUUGGUACCUCUGUAAGGAUGAGAUCACAAUUGCAUGUUUAAACAAUUUGAUGUCAGUAUUGUUACAUUUUCACAUUUGCUCUCCAUGGUAAUCAUGCACCACAUACAAGCACCAGUGUUCAGCAACUACUUGCUAUCUGCAGCAGUGUAUUUAUGCUGUGAUCAGCUAAAGCUUGUAACUUGGAAUGUGCAGCCUAAAACGAAAGAAAAUCUAGAAAAUGGACCCCUUAAACCUGGAAUUCUUUCGAGCAAGGCCAGGAAGGUCUUCUCAACUCAGCGUAUGAUGUUCUGUCAACACUGAAUAAAAUUACACUUCUUAAAAAGAUUUUCUAUUACCUUAGAUUAAUCAACAUACACAAGUUUAAUCAGUUAAACUCACUCACAGUUUACUAUUUUAAGAAAGUAAGUACAUCAUAAAAUCAUGACCAGUGUUCUGUUAACUUGCUAGAUUGCUAACAAAACACUCCUGUCCAUGUUCUUGUGAUUCAAAUCCACUAAAUUAAUUACAGUUUAAGUUUAAAGUUCCAACUUCCCACUUCCAAGUUAAAUUAAAAGCAGCAUAAGUGUUGUUCAGGACAUCAGGUGAUGGUGCACUGUAAGCCAAUUGUUUUAUAAGAUUUCAGUUUUAUAUAUAAUUUGUUGAUAUAAUUAGUUAAAAAUUGCAUGACAAGACACUAAUCUAAGAAAUCGUUACUCUUUAUCCUGAAUCUAAAAUGUUAUGUUGCGGUUAAGGACAACAAAUUGGUUUGAAGGUUUUUCAGCAUCUGAGUCUCAUUCUUUCCAAAAAUUAAAUGUACACCGUAAAUCAUGUAUGCCAUUUGUAAUCAGUAACAUGAGACUUGUUCUGUUUUAGGUUUUUUUUUUCUACUGUUUGCUUUAGUUUCACCUUGCAGCUCAGAGCUAAUGUAAACAACAAAUUGGCAAUACAGUCAAAGUUGUGCUAAGUAACUAUAGAGAACUGACUGAGCCCACCUAGUUAGCAAUAUUAGAGGAUGUGUCUGAUGCUAUUGAUGGCGGUAUUAGCAUAAAAGUUAACAUUUUACAAGCUGAUCUGUUUAAGCCGAAUCUACAAGUGGAGAAGCAAGAGGACUGGACGGACUAAGGGAUUAAAGCACUUCUGCAUUGCUAUCUCUGGGUAGAGAGGAAACCGAGGACUAAUGGAUCACUUUCAGCCGGUCAUAGUGGAAAUAGACCAACAUGUCAUUAACAGAAGUUUCAACCAAAUCUCAAAAUUUUAUGAAAUAAAUCUUAGACAACACUGAGCAUCAAGUGUUAUUUAUGAAGAUCAUUGUGCUAGAAUUUUAAAAAAUGCUAUAAGUUGCAUUGCUGAGAUGCAUUGUUAAUCAAAACUUUGGGAUUGAACCUAAUACUUAAAGGUAGAGGGAUGUUUGUGCUUGUGUACCAUUUGGCACAACGUCGAGAAAAUGGAACAUGUUAAAGAUUACUGUACAUCUGUCUGAUUAUGUGAUGGUUAAUGGAGGUCUAAGGAGUGUUGAUACUAGCAUCCUGAAUAGUACAGUUCGAGAGGAGACUCUUGGCAGUCUGACAACUUGAUUUUUUUUCAGCGUGUUAUUUUGAAUUACAAAUCACUUAAACACUCAAAUUCAAGUCAGUUGAACAAAUUAAAUGCUUCAGAUUUAUGAUUUACAUAUUUAUAAACUGAGUCACAUGUGAGUGAAAAUCCAUUUGCAUUAAAGCAGUCUGCACUAUUCAAA